UACGACAUCAUGGUCGAAGGUGAAUUUGAAUGGGCCCAUGAUUUCCACGGUGUUAACUUAGUAUUGAACUAUAUGCGAUAGGUGAUGAUGAUGUGGAGUCCGGAAGGUGCGCUGCCUCGUCUCGCAUAGCACUGUGUCGACGAUCUGAUUGACUGAGUGGUUCAAGUGCCGAUAUCUGACGGCCUGCAGUCUAUCGAGUCUAUAUGCACUUUGUCAAUGCCAAUCGAUGAUCAAGGAGGCGACUGCUUUGGUCGAAAGGCUACGAUGCUCCCGUUACUUAGCAGUGUGAGGAGAUAUUGUAUGACGUCAUGCGUUACAUCGUUGUGUGAAUAGGGGACCCCAGGUUUCUAGUCCGUCCUCCUCCUCUGCGCAGUUAAUACAUACUAAAGUCUCUCUCUACGAUGCUCAUAUCAUGUCUGAGGUGAGGCGUUUCCGUACUCAGCAAUUCGACAGUGCAGACCGCAAAGGCCGCGAUGCCAUCUUCGGCGCGGACUACGUCAGUGCGGUGUCCGAAGAGGUGGACAGACUUGCAUGUUCCAAAGUAUACCUUGUCGUGUCAAGGAGCUUGGACACGAAGACAGACGUGGUGGGGAGACUGGAACAAAAGUUGGGCGGAAAAGUGUGUGGGAAGAAGGUCGGCGUGAAGAGCCACACACCGUACGACGAAGUACUGCAGAUCGCUAAGGAGACGAAGGAGAGGGGUGCCGAUAUCAUUGUCACACUGGGAAGCAGUUCGUACAGCGACGCGGCGAAAGCUGCCCUAAUCGCGCACGCUUCUCUGCCGGCAGACAAGCUGGACAUCGAGUCCAUGGAGUCGCUCGUCGUAGGAAACGUCGACGAAAAGACGGGCGACAUGGCGGUCCCCACAACCGUCAAAGAACCCACUCUCAAGCUCAUAUGCGUACCCACGUCGCUCUCCGCCGCGGAGUGGAACGCAAACAGCGGCUGCACAAACCCGUCCACGCACAAGAAACAACACUUCACCCACCCCGCUUGUGCACCUAACCUCAUCGUGCUCGACCCGCAGCUUGCGCUCACGACUCCGCUCGAUCUAUGGCUGAGCACGGGGGUCCGCGCUGUUGACCACUGCGUCGAGACGCUGUGCACAGAGAGGAGCAGCGACGAUGUCAAGCAGUCGGCAGAGGAGGGGUUGCGAGCCCUGACGGAGGGUCUGCUCAAGUGCAAGCAGAACGAGAAGGACGCCUCUGCGCGUGCAGAGUGCCAGGUCGGCGCGUGGAAGGCGAUGCGGGUCAUUGCGCACAAAGUUCCGCUGGGCGCGUCCCACGCGAUUGGGCAUCAGCUAGGGGCAUUCUGCGGCGUCCCGCACGGCAUAACAUCCUGUGUGAUGCUCUCGCCGGUGCUCAAGUAUAAUGACACACACUCACCGUCCAAUUCCCAGCUGCAACAGCGGGUUUGCGCGAUCUUCUGGUCGUCUAUCCCCGAAACCCUCGCGCGGGCAGGACUUGACCGGGAGCGAGCUGACGCAGGAGAUCUUGUCAAGACUUUCGUCAAGGCUUUGGGUCUCCCAACGAUGUUGACGGAUGUUGAUGUCAGUGAAGACCAGUGGGACGCCGUCGCGAAGGCAUCGCUCAAUGAUGUCUUGGGAAAGACAAACCCAGUGAGGCUUGAGACCAUUGAGCAGGUGAAAGAAAUCCUCGCGAUGGCGAAGUAGGUACCUGUCUAUGCAUAUGGUCGUCGAUGUAUACGUCCAAUGAGGCCAUAUCCGGACCAUGGCUUUCCGUCUUCGACAAUAUUGAUUGCUCAUUGCAUGGUAUAAUUCCAUACUGCGAACUGCGGGUAACUCAGAAAUGCCGCCUAUGAACAAUUCACUGUCU